AUGCCUAGUUCGAAGCUCCGUAUCGGUAUCGCAGGCCUUGGCCGAAUGGGCAAACGUCAUGCGGUCAACUUCCAUGAUCUCACACAAAGAGCACAAGUUGUCGCCGUAAGCACUCCAGACCCUACAGAGCGAGUUUGGGGAAAGGAGAACCUCGAAGGUGUCAAGAUAUACGAGGACUACGACGAUAUGCUCGCACAAGAGAACCUGGAUGCCGUUAUCGUUGCGAGUGCAACUUCUGUUCACGCAGAGCAAGCUAUCAAAGCCAUUUCCAAGGGUUAUCAUGUCUUGUGCGAGAAGCCUCUCAGUAUUGAUCUCAAAGUCGCCCGGUCCGUCCUCCAGGCAUACGAAAACUCCAAGAAGAAGAAUCCCAAGCAGAAAGUCAUGUGUGCGUUCUCCCGCCGGUUUGACGCCUCCUAUCGUGAAGCACAUGGUCAGAUCGCAGAAGGCCAACACGGCUCCCCCGUCGUCUUUCGUUCUCAGACUGCCGACCUCCUUGACAAGACUGGCUCUUUUGUAGACUACGCCAAGACGAGUGGUGGUAUCUUUGUAGACUGCUCCAUCCAUGACAUCGACCUUAUGCUGUGGUUCCUCGGUGAAGACCGCAAGCUCAAGAGUCUCCAGGCCGUUGGCGUCACUGCCGUACAUCCCGAACUCAACGCCAUGAACGAUAGAGAUAACGCGGUAGCCAGACUCGAAUUCGAUGGAGGCAAAGUUGCUUCGCUAUACUGCUCUCGAAUGAUGGCAGCCGGACAAGAGGAUACCACCGAGAUUAUCUGCGAAAAGGGAUCACUGAGGGUCAACAUGGAAGGUAGAAAGAACCAUGUCGUGGUACAUGAUGCCAAGGGUGCCAGACGUGAUCUGCCCCAGCACUACUACGAACGCUUCAGAGAAGCAUUCAUCACCGAAGCCUACGAGUUCACAACAUGUUGUUUGGAUGACGUGGCAGUACCAAUCACUCUUUCCAGUUCGGUACGUGCUAUUGAGAUUGCGAUGGCUCUUCAGCGAAGUUUAGUCAGUGGGAACAAGAUCUACUUCGGAGAAGACGGACAAGAGAUCUCGAAGACAAUGUCAAAACUUUAG